GCGCGCGCGUGCGCCUUUGUGUGUGUGCGCGUGCACCUCUUGCUGGCAUCCGUUGCAAGUCGCACCGAGCCAACAGCGGCUUUUGUGCGUAUGAUGCACCGUGGUCGACGCACCUGUACGCACAAUAAACCUAGCCCUUGUACUGCCUGGUCCCCCGCCGCUCGGCACCAGCACAGUCAGCAGCGGAAGCACAGAAUUCUGGAUUUUAAAAACUACGGCUCUGUGGAGUUUACAGCUGGAUUUUAACAGUUGGAUACUCUUGGUGGUCUGUUUAACUCAGGACUUUCCCCAGUUUGUGAGCAUCGGAACGGUGAAUGUGGCCAGCUGGGGCAGGUGUGAGUCUCCUUGUAGGAACAGCGGUGUUUGUGGGAGUCAAAAUGGGAAUUUCUGCCCUGUUGGCCUCUAAAUCCCCCGGUGGAACAGACUCAACGUGACAGGCGGGUAUAGUAUUACAGACGUCCUCUCCGCUCCCCGGAGGCGAUGUUUACCAGGGCAUGGGAGUUAAGUGAAGAUGGUGAAAAAGUGGGGGACAACCUUGCUUCAUACCUCUGUGCAGUGUUCAAAACCAAAAUGAUGGAACUGAGAGAGGCCAGUGGAUCCCUUGUCAGCUCCAUUUCCCAGCGGACAACAUGAAGGAAGGAAUUCCACUCGCCCUGAUAGACAGAGAGGUCCAUUCUAUCAGACCUUGCACCAGGAAUCUUUAUAGCGUCUGUUUUGAAGAAUAAAAAAACACAGUAAAUCAUCACCACCUCCUCCCCUCUCCCUCUGUUGGUCCUUUCAUUUACCCUACAGAGGAAAACAACAAUUCCUCCAUACGACCACUCUGAAGCUACUGGGCAAUUUACUCAUGUAAUUGACCUUAAGACUGUUAACCACAACGACUGUUAUCCUGAUACUGCCCUUUUUCCUUAAAUAUAUAUUUCUGCACAUAUUGUUGAUAAAACUGUGGAUCCCUGAAACUCUGUCUAACCCCCCCUAAGAUUGAAUUCCCCUAAAAUACUUUUUUGGAUUAAUAAAUUCUUUGCAACUAUGGAUCUUGUAGGUUUUUAUAUCAGGCUGCAAGUGCUCCUCAGCACAUGUCUGGGACUGGAAUUUUUAGGCACACCAGGUCAGUGGGCACGCUACCUCCGCUGGGACGCCAGCACUCGUGGUGACCUCAGCUUCCAGUUCAAGACAGAGGCUUCAGAGGCGCUGAUGCUGUAUUUUGAUGAUGGAGGCUACUGUGACUUUCUGCAGCUGUUGGUGGUGCAGGGCCAACUGCAGCUGCGUUUCAGCAUCGACUGUGCUGAGACCACAGUUGUGUCUGACAGACGGGUGGAUGACGGCAGCUGGCACUUUGCCACUCUGAGCAGGUAUAACCUGCGUACAGUGCUGGUACUGGAUGGCCAGGCCACAGCUGAUGAGGUGCGGCCUCAGCGUCAGUUCAUGAAAAUAGUCAGCGACCUGUUCCUGGGUGGAGUGCCUCAGGAUAUCCACAAUGGUGCACUCACACUGCCUACGGUGCGAAACAUGCAGCCCUUCAGGGGUACAAUUACAGACCUCAAAUAUGGAAUCUCACAGCCCCUGUUUCUGGGAAGCCUUAAGGUGCCCCUGGAGUCAGAAGGGUUGUGCACUGUGAACCCAUGUGAGAAUGGCGGUACAUGCUCAGUGGUGGAUGGAGAGCCGAUCUGUGACUGCUCCAAAACAGAGUACAAGGGUCGCUUCUGCAGUGAAGAUGUCAUCAGUAAUAUGCCAGGCCUUGCACAUAUGAUGGCAGAACAAGCAAGGGAAGAGAAUGUGGCCACUUUCCGUGGCUCAGAGUACUUCUGCUAUGAUCUCUCUCAGAACCCCAUCCAGAGCAGCAGUGAUGAGAUUACACUCUCUUUCAAGACAUGGCAGCGCAACGGCCUUAUCCUUCACACCGGCAAGUCGGCUGACUACGUCAACCUGGCACUGAAGGAUGGCGCUGUUUCCCUUGUUAUCAACCUCGGCUCCGGAGCCUUUGAGGCCAUUGUGGAGCCAGUCAACGGGAAGUUCAAUGACAACUCGUGGCAUGAUGUCAAAGUGACCCGCAACCUUCGACAGGUGACAAUAUCAGUGGAUGGGAUUCUGACCACCACGGGUUACACCCAGGAAGACUACACAAUGUUGGGCUCUGAUGACUUCUUCUAUGUGGGUGGAAGCCCCAGCACCGCUGACCUGCCUGGAUCUCCAGUCAGCAACAAUUUCAUGGGCUGUCUCAAGGAGGUGGUGUAUAAAAACAAUGACAUCAGACUUGAGUUGUCUCGCCUGGCUCGAAUUGUGGAUCCUAAAAUGAAAAUCCAGGGUGAGGUGUCUUACAAGUGUGAGAAUGUGGCCACCUUGGACCCCAUUUCUUUUGAGACUCCAGAGGCCUACAUCAGCCUCCCCAAGUGGAACACCAAACGGAUGGGAUCCAUCUCCUUCGAUUUCCGCACGACUGAACCCAAUGGCCUCAUCCUCUUCACCCAUGGCAAACCCCAGGACCGCAAAGAUGCUGCCCGCAGCCAGAAGAACACCAAGGUGGAUUUCUUUGCUGUAGAGCUGCUGGAUGGCACCCUGUACCUGCUAUUGGACAUGGGCUCAGGCACUAUCAAGGUGAAGGCCACCCAGACAAAGGUCAAUGAUGGUGCUUGGUAUCAUGUGGACAUCCAGAGAGAUGGACGCUCAGGCACCAUCUCUGUAAACAGCAGAAGAACCCCAUUCACAGCUAGUGGUGAGAGCGAGAUUCUGGACCUGGAGGGCGACAUGUACUUGGGGGGGCUUCCUGUUGAUCGCACGAACCUCAUCCUGCCCACGGAGCUCUGGACAGCAAUGCUCAACUACGGCUAUGUGGGAUGUAUCCGUGACCUUUUCAUUGAUGGUCGAAGCAAGGACAUCCGUCAGAUUGCUGAGGCACAAAAUAGCGCUGGCAUCAAACCCUCAUGCAACAAGCAACCGGGCAAGCAGUGUGAAAGCUACCCAUGCAAGAACCGAGGUGUGUGCAAAGAAGGCUGGAAUCGAUUCAUCUGUGACUGCAUUGGGACUGGCUACUGGUCACGCACCUGUGAGAGAGAGGCUUCCAUCCUCUCCUACGAUGGCAGCAUGUAUAUGAAGGUUGUGAUGCCUACCAUCAUGCACACUGAAGCGGAGGACGUCUCCAUGCGUUUUCGUUCCCAGCGAGCCUAUGGCCUCCUUAUGGCCACCACCUCCCGAGACUCAGCCGAUACGCUCAGGCUGGAGUUGGAUGGGGGUCGUGUCAAACUCACGGUCAACCUAGACUGUAUCAGGAUAAACUGUAACUCCAGCAAGGGACCGGAGACCCUGUAUGCCGGGCAAAAGCUCAAUGAUAAUGAAUGGCAUACGGUGCGUGUGGUGCGUCGUGGCAAAACCUACAAGCUAACAGUUGACGAUGAUGUAGCAGAAGGCCAAAUGGUGGGCGACCACACUCGUCUGGAGUUCCACAACAUUGAAACAGGCAUCAUGACAGAGCGCCGAUUUAUAUCUAACAUCCCGUCCAGCUUCAUUGGUCAUCUGCAGAGCCUUAGAUUCAACGGCAUGCUCUACAUUGACCUGUGCAAGAAUGGUGACAUCGAUUAUUGUGAGCUUAAUGCCCGCUUUGGGAUUCGUUCCAUUAUUGCUGACCCUGUCACCUUCAAAUCCAAGAGCAGCUACCUGAGCCUGGCCACCCUACAGGCCUACACAUCCAUGCACCUGUUCUUCCAGUUCAAGACCACCUCCCCAGAUGGCUUCAUACUUUUCAACUCUGGAGAUGGCAAUGAUUUUAUUGCUGUAGAACUGGUUAAAGGAUAUAUCCACUAUGUUUUUGACCUUGGAAAUGGGCCUAACCUCAUCAAGGGCAAGAGCGAAAGGGCACUGAAUGACAACCAGUGGCACAAUGUGGCCAUCACCCGAGACAAUAGUAACACCCACACGCUGAAAGUAGACGCUACAGCCACUAGUCAGAGUAUCAAUGGGGCCAAGAACCUGGACCUGAAAGGUGACCUGUUCAUCGCUGGACUGGGUCCAGGAAUGUAUGGUAACCUGCCUAAACUAGUGGCUUCCAGAGAAGGCUUCCAGGGCUGUUUGGCAUCAGUGGACCUCAACGGUCGCCUGCCAGAUCUCCUCAAUGACGCCUUGUUUCGCAGCGGGCAGAUUGAGCGUGGAUGCGAAGGUCCUAGCACCACCUGUCAGGAGGACUCCUGUGCCAACAUGGGUAUUUGUAUCCAGCAGUGGGAGAACUACACUUGUGACUGCUCCAUGACCUCCUACACUGGCACACAGUGCAAUGACCCCGGGACAACGUACAUCUUUGGCAAAGGAGGAGGCCUCAUUACAUUCAAUUGGCCAGCCAAUGAGAGACCCAGCACCAGGACAGACAGGCUGACCGUCGGCUUUAGCACCUCCCUGAAAGAUGGCAUCCUGGUUAGGAUUGACAGCGCUCCUGGUCUGGGGGACUACCUCAUGCUGCACAUACAAAAAGGAAAAAUUGGAGUGACAUUCAACAUUGGCACAGUGGAUAUCAGUGUGCAGGAAAGCAGUACCCCAGUGAAUGAUGGGAAGUAUCAUGUUGUCCGUUUCACCAGGAAUGGUGGCAAUGCUACACUGCAGGUGGAUAACUGGUCGAUCAAUGAACAUUUUCCAACAGGGAACAGCGACAUUGAACGCUAUCAAAUGGCCAAUAAGAAAAUUCCUUUCAAAUACGCCAGACCAGUAGAAGAGUGGCUACAAGAGAAAGGACGACAGCUGACAAUUUUCAAUACUCAAGCAACAGUCGCAAUUGGUGGUAGUGAUCGCGGUCGGCCCUUUCAGGGUCAACUGUCUGGCCUUUACUAUAACGGCCUCAAGGUGUUGAACAUGGCUGCAGAGGGUAACCCUAAUAUCAAGAUUAAUGGCAGUGUGAGGUUGGUAGGUGAUGUGCCCAGUGUGGCAGGCUCAGCAAGGACCACGGCCAUGCCUCCAGAGAUGUCCACAACAUUCAUUGAGACUACAACCAUGAUGUCCACCACCACCACACGGAAACACAGAUCCCCUUCAACUGUACAGCAUACAGCAGAAGACAUUGUGUCAUCCGCAGAGUGUUCGAGUGAUGAUGAAGACCUGGAGGAGUGUGAAACUAGCCAUGCAGAUAAGACCUUGUCCACAUCAGGCUUUGAAGGUGGCUACAAAGCUCACAUGCCCAAGACUUUUAGACCUAACAAACCUUCAGUCUCCAGACGCAGUAGGACUACCACUUCCGCCGACCAGAGCCGCACCACCACCACCACCUUUGCCUCCACCGCAACCCUCCACAAUGCUCCGGCCAAACAGCCGGCUGGUAAAAUGAAUAACCGCGAGCUAAAACCCCAGCCCGACCUAGCGUUGCUUCCAUUGCCCACAUCCUUUGAGGUAGACAGCACCAAGCUGAGGGGCCCAUUAAUAACCUCCCCAAUGUUCCGUAAUAUACCCACAGCACUCCCCACAGAGCCGGGCGUCAGGCGAGUUCCAGGGCCCUCGGAAGUGGUCCGUGAAUCUAGCAGCACCACCGGGAUGGUCAUCGGAAUAGUGGCAGCCGCUGCCCUGUGCAUCCUCAUCCUUCUGUAUGCCAUGUAUAAGUACAGGAACAGGGAUGAAGGCUCCUACCAGGUGGACGAGAGCAGGAACUACAUAACCAACUCAGCUGUGCAGAGCAAUGGCGCUGUGAUGAAGGACAAACAGCAGAACUUGAAAGGCAGCAACAAGAAACAGAAAAAUAAGGAUAAGGAGUAUUAUGUGUGA